CUUUUAGGUUGAUUGAGGAUUGUUGGAAGGAUGCACCUGCUGAGCGUCCAACAUUCAGACAGAUAAUAACAAGACUGGAAUCCAUUCACAACAGAUAUGGUCAUAAACGGCGUUGGAAGGUAUAUUCAUGCUUCUUUGUCUAGCAUCAUAUCAUCACCAAAAGUUCCACAAUUUUUUGUACAGGAUGCUUUUAGUUUGCAAUUGUUUUAAGAAUUCAAUUUCUUCUUGAUAAAGCUAUGCAAAUUAUUACUACUACCAUAUGACUGCAUCCUGAGAGUUGCCCAAGUUGCGCAUAUCAUGCUAUUUAAAUAUGCAUGUCCUUUAGUUAUGUGAACUACCUACUAGCAUCAGUCACCGUCAUGUUAGUUUAAAUUGAUGAGCAAUCAAGAAACUAUUCUAGGCCCCUUUUGCAAGCCACUAUCUUUUUCCUUUAUGCCAGUUGCUGUCAUCGUUGAACCAGCUGUGUCUUGCUUGCGACAUUUACAGGUUAGACCCUUGAAAUGCUUCCUGAGAGUGGAGGCAAGCAGCCGUGGUAGUUCAACUCGUUCUACCAACAGAAGUAUAUAAUCACCUGAUGAUUGGUCCUUCUAGCUUCAAAGUGUGCAGAAGUUUUUAUGCUUUUCAAGUUUGAUGCCUGAAAAAUCGGUUUGUAAUCAGGAGUAUACCAUUUUUCAUCUGUGUUAACUUGGUUUUAGUAGUUGAAUCUAACAUUUUCCAGAUUAACUCUCCCAUUCAAUUUUUGGGAUGAGAAUCACAUUUCAUGCGUCUUUAAUUGCUUUGUAAUUUAACUUAUAAUUCAUAAUUGGUUAAACCUCCAUUUUGAUCCCUCAACUAUUGUACAGACCCUUGAUUUAGUCCCUUAACUCAAAAAAUCCCUGAUUGGGUA